GUUUCACCUAGUCCAUCUGUUAAAAAUCCUUCAAAAAUCAAUUUCGCAGUAUGGCAAUGGUAAGUCAGCUGUUUUGUUUGCCGCUUGCUUGUUGUUUUUGUUUUUAUGUUGACAGGCAAAGGAAAAGGCAAAAAGUAAAUAAACAAAUAAAAAGUAUAACAAGAAAGUGAUUGCAAAAAUAAGAACGUAAUUACUAAAUAUUCGAUGAGCUCCAAGGAACUUUAUUCGAUACGAGAAUGGGCGCCUUUAACGGAUGUAAUGGAAAAGAUACCUGUGCGUACGAUACGCGCACUUGGAAUUUUUCCGGCCGAUUUGAAUAUAACUUGCGUCGAUGCAAUUACAGAGUUUUUGGCAUUGGGUAGUGAUGCUGGCAUAGUUUUCUGGUAUGAUCGGUAUACCGGCGAAUUGCAGAAGUUACGCACAGAGUUUGCUGCACGCAUUACCUGCGUGAAAAUUGUCGAUUCGGUUGAAUAUAUGGUAGCAGCGGGCAAUGCUAGUGGCCAAGUAAGCGUAUUUCAAAUACAAAAACAACUACCGCCAGAUCUGAAUUUAGUUGCUCCAUGUACACGGGCCAAACCCAUCGAAAGGUACACUAUACGAGACUUGCACAACUGUGCCGUCAGCUGUGUGGAGUGGUCGAAAAAUGGUAUGAAGCUUUAUUCAGGCGAUCGGCAAGGCAUAAUAGUACUGACCGAAUUCGACUUUCAAGCUCACCUAAGCAAGUCAUCCGAGAUACUUGGCGAAACAUAUGAAAUUGUACAGCUUAGCGUCUGCCAAAGUUAUUUGCUGGUAUCGACACUUUACCGUUCGGUCGUCUGCCAACUCAAUAGCCUUACUGGUCAAUGGCAAGUGACUCAGGUCGGCAGAAAGGAUCGAAAAGUUUUAACCGAGAUUGGUGGUAUAUUCCUAAAGCAACAGUCUAGCCGCCCAAUUUUGAUUUGUGGUCGUCCAGGUUUGCGCUUUUGGAUUGCUGAUACGGAAGGGAAUGUGGAGAAAACAUUACUGUUUCGUGAGGCCGUAGCGCGAAGUCCUACUUGGGAAAUACCUAUACUCAAUCCGAAAACAUUAUCGCAACAAUGUCUUGCUUCCAACGGCGGAAUCGGCGGGAGCGAUGAUGUAAACAGAAACUUUGGCACUCUAUAUUUAUAUGGAGGACAGGAUAUGCUGAUCGUGACGCACGAUGAGUCAACUUUGUACGUUUUGAAUUUGGAUCGACUGCGUGUUGAAGCGGUAGCCCGAGGUUUUCGAAAAAUUCUUGAUUUUUGUGUUUGUGGCAAGGAGAUUUUCAUUUUGGAAGGAUCGCGUUCAUUAUUGCGACUGGCACCAUUGCCGGAAAAGCCGAGUAAAACUGCCAAAGUAAUUUUUAAUCCUUUGCUAGGCGCCUCAAUAGCUAGUGCCUUCGAAUCGCCGAUGGAAUCGUUUGAACCGCCUGAGCGACCAGUGGGUAAAGCAGACGAGUGUUAUGAGUUGCCUCCAGUAGAGGCACUAAAUUUGAAUGUACCAAUUGAAUUAGCCGUAGAAUCACCGAGGGCGGAACAAAGUCGGCGUUUAGAAAUUCUCAAUCAAAUAUCUGAAAUGGAUUUCGAUCAAUCGAUAUUAUAUCACAGUUUAGGUGGACGAAAACAACGUUCACGGUGGCACAGUCGUGAUAGAGAUGAUGUUACUGGUACUUGGUCGGCGCCAAAAAAGUCAGAGGGUAUUGUAGAAAUCGGACGUGUUGUGGAACCGGAAACAGGAGUAGAUACGUCGAUUUUGGCCUUGACGGCUAUGGAAGUUAUGGGGGCGGAUCCGAAUGAUAAGCACGCAGCUAUGACAAAACCGACAUUUAUGGAUAGCAGUUUUUGCACAACUACUGUGGCUAAGGUUUUAGAAAAGGAUACACAAAGAAAUCCGCUAUCACUAAAACCGAAAAGUGGCAUUGCACUUAUGCCUAAACAAUCCAGCUUAGAUUCUACUUCACCAUCGCCAACACAUAUCGUUCCUGCUGCACCAGCUUCUACGCCCACACCAGCACCACUCAAAGAGCUUGCCCAAGCAUAUCCCAAACAAACAAAACUCGAAGACGCCAGCGUGCAAACAACUCCUCGCAAGAAGGUCUAUUACAUUGAAGAAGAGGACGUUGAGGGUAACAUCUACACUGGUCAGCCAGUAGAUGAUCUUUGUCAUGCAGCUUUGCAUGCGGCGACCCUAAUUGAGGAAUACGACAAAGAUAACGAAAGCGGUACAACGUCAAAACUGCCAGCGCGCACCACCCCAGCAGUACAAUUAAAAUUCAUUCCCACACAACCAGUUAACGAGGAAAUAAACAGUUUUUUACCAGAUUUUCGUCGAGCAUGCGAUCCAUGUUCGUCUCCUCCAAGGGUACAUCAAAAAACUCCGCCACCCUCAGCGGAAUCUAAUGGUAGUUCCAGUGAAUGGGAAUUCCUCGAUAAUUAAAAUACACUAUUUUUUAAUAUCACAUCAGUUCUAAGGUAAUUCGCUUCUUACGAGUGCUGUUUCAAUCGAACAUAAUUAUUGUAUGAAUGAUUUAAAAUCUUUGUCAAUUGUGAAAACAGUUAACUUUAAUUAGUUAACUAAACCACAUCUGUAUUAUAAUUGAUAUGUUAUAUAGCACUAUAAAAUUUUAUGUUAAAUCACAUUUUUAUUCCUUGUUGUAGCAUAUUGUAAUCGCUUUCUGUUUUAUUUUAUCUCAUGUUUUAAACAUCAAAAUAAUUAUGCAAUUAUUUGCAAUAAUAGUAUAUGUAUGUAAAAAAGCUAUACCAAAUAAAAUGCAUGGUUUAUUGCAUUUUAUCGCUUAAAGGAUUUGUGUAAAAGUAUGCAGAAAAUCGAGUUUGUGUUUUUUUUUAGUAACUUAUUUAUCCGCUUUUGCGUUAUAUAUAUAUAUUCAUAUAAACUAUAAGUCCGCUUGAGCCGACCGUGAACUUCAGAAACCGGAAGUGUAUUUAUAUAAGUUAUCCCAGAAGAUAAUUUAGGUAGGCCUUCUUAAGCAGAGCCUCUUAGCUACCCAAGAAGGGAUGCAAAAAGUGAUUUCUACGCGAAUGCAUAAAUUUAUGUUAUUUAGCAUUACAAAUGAAUUUCCAUAAACAGCUUAAGUUCCAAUUACACAUAUUUGAUAUAAACUUUUAAGCAAAUACUUCAAAGAUGUAUGAUUUUUAUAAAUUAAAGAAGCAACUUUAAA